AUGAUUGAAGGUGAGCAUAUAGUGGGAGAUACAAAUAGAGGAACGAGAAAAAGAAAAAUAAAUACUACCUCAAAAGAACGUAAGAGAGAAAUAAGAUAUUCAAAUUUAGGCCCAGAUUUACUGAAUUUUAAAAAUAACUGCGACCAUAGAUCAAAAAAAUUUGAAUGUAUGGAACUUUUGUUGGCCGACAUAAAAAUCAUUAGACAGAACUUCUACAAUGACGAAAAAAAGAACAAAAAUGCGCAGGAUAACAAAUUAGCUCAGAUGAUGAAUGUAAAGGAAAUAAAAAGGCAAAGGAAGAGAAAGAAUGGAAAAUCACACGAAUUUCACACAGAAAGUGUUUUCAACAAACUAAGCUUCAGUACCUAUUCAAUUCCCGCUUACAGAAUACUUAGUAAUGUCUUUUUUAGGUUUGGCAUAAUAGGAAAAAAGUCUUUGUUUGCCAAAAAUUAUUUUCAUCCAUUUCUAAUUGCGGCCCAAGAAGAAUUCAUACAAUAG